UCAAUUGCUGGGGUUUCGGCAGUGCUUUCUUACAGCAAUACCGAGGCAGUACUUGCUAGAGGAUCAUAUGACGACACCGCACAAUAGAAAAUAAGGAUAGUCGCCGUACAAAGGGAAGAAGAAAGGGAAGUCGAUUUCCUAAUUCGAUCUCUCCCCUUUACCACGUUCGUCCGUCCGUUCCUUCCUUCUUGCUUCCUCCUCGUUCGUCACCAUGUCCACGAUAUCCAACAAACGUCCAGCUAUGCCGCUACUCGAUGAGGAGGACGAUCCCGCAGUCUCGGUGCCAGAUACAGGUGACGCUGGUGAGGGGGGCAAGCUCAAGAUGAUUGUCCAACUAGUCAAGAAGUGCUUUGGGGUCAAGGAUAUUGCCACUAUGCGCCUUUCAUUACCAGCAUCACUUCUAGAGCCUAUCCCUAACCUUGAAUGGUCGCAGUACCUCGACCGACCUGACUUCUUCGCCGCUAUCAACGACUCUGAAGAUCCCUUUGAGCGAAUGCUGGCCGUCUUGCGCUUCACAUUUACGAAGGAUCUUAAAUACGUCUCUGGUAGGGUAUUCAAGCCAUACAACUCCGUACUGGGGGAACACUUCCGGGCCCACUGGGAUGUCUUCCCCAUAGUUAGCUCAGGACACCCGGACCGGCCGCCCAUCGUCCUGACGGAACCCCCGACGACGGGCUCGCUCGAGACGUCCAGCAUCAAGAGCCGCCGGAGUUCCAAGAGCAGUACCAGCAAGAGCCCAUCAACAUCACUCAACGCCCACAUGUCGAGCCUCAGUCUUGGCGGGCAAGAUAAACUCCGGAUAGCGUACGUUACAGAACAAGUCUCUCACCACCCUCCCGUGUCAGCGUAUUAUGCAUCCUGUCCAGACCGUUCGCUGGAGCUUCUGGGCGUCGACCAGAUAUCGGCCAAGGUCUCCGCGGCGAUGACGGUUAAGGUUGUUCCAGGGAGCUACAACAAGGGGAUGUUCGUGAAGAUUAGGGGGGGACAUGGGGAGGGCGAGCAGUACCAGGUUACGCACCCUGUUGCGAGCGUGAAUGGGCUGUUGCGGGGGAGCUUUUAUGUCACGGUGGCGGAUACGACGAUUAUCACCUGCACGGGAGGCAAGCACGGGCCCAAGUUCCGAGCGAUAAUCGAGUAUAAGGAAGAGUCGUGGUUGGGCAAGGCGCGGUUCCGGUUAGAGGGGAUCAUACAUCUCGUCAACGAGGGCGACAAGGUAGACGGCUGGAAGAUGGCCAAGGACGUUCCACAGUCUCUUGUUGUAGCUGUGUUUGACGGCUCUUGGAGGGGGCAUAUCCGCUGGCGGCGGGUCGGCUCUGGCUCGUAUCCCACUACGACCUCUUCUGCAAGUUCCUCUCCCUCCCCAGUUCAUAUGUCCCUCCCUCGAUCGAAUGCGACGUCGAGAGCAGAUUUGGCGACGGUUUCGGAGGGGGAGUACUCAACGCUGAUUGAUAUCGGCGAGUUGGAGGUUAUCCCGAAGCAGGUGAGGCCGCUGGAAAGACAGCUGCCGCAUGAGAGUAGGCGACUGUGGCAUAACGUGACGAGAAGGUUAGAGAAUAAGGAGUAUUCGGACGCGACGAAGGAGAAGGUGGCUAUAGAGCAGAGGCAGAGAGAGGAGGCUGCCGAGAGGCGGAAGAAGGGUAUCGGGUAUGUGCCUCGGUACUUUGAUAAGGAUAUCGACUCUGGAGUACCGCUACUAACGGCAGAAGGUAGGAAAGCACUCAAUGAGGAGCUCCGGGAACCUUCGCAGUAUCAUAUAGUCGGCUCUGCUGAUGCUAAGCUCUCUUCAUAAUUAUUAUACCGACUAGAUUAAUUCUUCCCCACCAGUCACCGCCCACCCUUUUCUGACUUUGUGGACAGUAAUCAUGGGAUUCAUUUUGCAAGUUUUUUUUUACGAUGGCAUUAUACGCAUGAUAUACUCACUCCUAUUUACACGACUUUGAUAUAUGCUUGUGAUUGAUGAUCUUUUUUUUUUCCCUGACGAAGCGCUAAAUCGAUAU